AUGGAGCCCCCAACAGAUGACACCGAGACCGAAGCAGAUGUCCCCGGACUAUCUGUGUCACUACAUGACGAGGAGGCAGAUACUAGCCUGGACAGCAGUGUCUCAUGUGCUCAGGAGAGUGAACCCAGUCGAGCCAGCGGGAGGCUUGAGAUACCUGGGGCCAAAUCAAGGAAAAGAAAAGCAAAGGCCAGGGGACGGGAUGACGACUUCGCCAAAUAUAUGGCAGAAAGCCACAAGGUUUUGGAGGAAAUGAGGGAGGCAGAGACCAGGCAAGACAGAGCCGAGUGCUGGACCGUCCUCGGCCUCUGGACCGUCCUCGGCUCCUGGACCGUCCUCGGCUCCUGGACCGUCCUCUGCUGCUGGUUCUUCCUCUGCUGCUGGUUCUUCCUCUGCUGCCGGUCGUUCCCCUGCUGCUGCACCUACAGGUCCACAAAGGAAGAGAGCGAGGAAGCGCACCACCCAGGACACCUCCGCCCAGGAGCUAUCGCGCUUGGAGCUGGAGCUGAUGGCCCUCCUGCGGCAGACUGCAGCUCCAGCUCCAUCACGAAAUGA